UGUCUGGUUUUGCCUGUGGAUGGUGGAGUGGAUGGGCUGAUUUUCGUCAUCAAAGCUAAGGAGCAGGCGAUGUUUUGCGUCGCGAGCAGUCGGCAUGUCUUGUGCCCCGAGACAGAAACGUCGAUGUGCUGCUUUGUGGCAUUUCGGUUUGUUUAUAAUGUGUUUACGAUUUGCGUUGUGUUUUGGUUGUCGUUGGCUUUGAAGGGCUGGAUGUAUUGAAUGUCCCGCAACGUCAACACAAUUACAAACCCUAGCUAACAAGCAUGGACAUAUUUUACGUGUAACCAUUUGUUAAACGUUGGUGAGGUUGGUAACGUGGUUGUUCUUAAUUCCAUUGUUACGUUUUGAAAACAUAUCAGGGGAAUAGUAAUGCUACCUUCAAUAAUCCGUUUUCAGAAAAUUACCGGACUAAUCUGUAUUAUUGGCUGUUGAAAUUGCAACACGUCUCGUGAGAUCCUUUCCUGUAGACUGUUUACACCCCCCAUCUGUCAAUUUGAAACUCAUUAGUUUUCUUAUCUUAUUUAGCCAUUAGUCAGAGUCAUAUUGUCAUUCCCUACUGUUUCCUUACGUAUUAUUGUUAGUUGCUCUUAUCACGUAUCAUGAGUCAUAGUCGUUCUUCACAGACAAAAAUAACCAGGCAUAUGCAUAGGAAUAAACAGUGGCUACAUUAAAUAGAUUAAAAUGGCUUUGUAGUUGGUGGAAAUUUGGGGAAUAGAUGCACGUGCCCGAAAGUUAAAUUAUGCGUUCCUUUGCCGUGUUGGCCUAUAUUUGAAAGCCCCUUGACCACGGACAGCUGGAAGAAACCAUAACUAAUUCCACGCUUGGGGACCGGUUGCUUACUGUUGAAUAGGCUACUCCUUUGGAGUGAGCUGUGAAGCUGCUUCAGAAGGAGUGCGAUGGCUCAAGCGGUCCUUUGUUGUAAAACGUUGCCUUUUUAUGGCAAAAUCACACUUGGCUGCUGAAAAUGGCGGUUGUGCUCAUAGAGGGCACAAGGUCGGUUCUGGCUGGGGCAGGUUGUGUCUGCACUCUGCACGUGCCUGUUUUGUGUUUACAGAACCACCAGUCUCUGUUGCCGUAUGGACAACAGGUUCAAAGCCUCAAACCAGUGCAUGUUUGAUUGAAAGCCUUAAAGCAGCCAUGGACCAGGGGAUCACUGACAGAGAGACUGACAUGCCCUUUUCACAGAAAGGGACGGGCUCAUUUUUUCACUUUUUUCGUUCUGUCAAAUAGCCUAGUAGGCUAUGUUCAACAUUCCUGUAGUCUCUUAGCAGCGGUAUCGUGCAGCUGCAAUGUUACAUGCCUUGUAUGGUCCAGCAGCAAACGUUGUAUACACAGUAAUAUAGUCUGGUCCAAGGGUUUUGUACAAACUAGUCUUUUUGUUUUAGGUGAAACAUGGUUAUUAUUUUCAACGUGUGUGUACCAGAUUUCUCCAGCAGGGGUCAGCAUCAGUUGCUCUGAUGUACUGUACGCUGGUGGACGGAACGAAAAGGCUGUUUUUGAUUUAGGUUAUUCCGUUUAUUCAGUCUUGCUGUCCAGAUGUAACCUAGCCUAAAUUCUUGCACUGCAGCCCCUCCUCCCCACACACACUUUCCCCCUUGACUAGGCUACUGUCUUGUCCCCAAAUCUCUCUGCUGAAACUGUGCCACUGGUGUAGAUGUUAUCCAGGCUAAUCUGUUUCAUGUUAUUACAUUAGUCUGCCUGUGGAAAGUGUUGUUGUAUGUGAUUCACUAGGUAGCUGAAUCAUUAAAAUGCGCUUUCCUGCUCCAGGGUAAGAAAUGUCCACAUACUUUAAUCUCUGAUGGUUACCAUUUGAUUCAGUUUUUUCAUCUAUGUCCUGGAAUCAGAGGUUACGUUGUAGAGAAUUUAAAAAUGAGCUCCCAGAGCAGCAGGGGCUAUUCAUCCCUGUUAUUAAGAAGCGGCUGCCUUUUGAAACUGGUUCAGGAUGUGACUUGGCACAUGAUUAGUCUGCUGAUGGUUAUAUCCAGUCUUUGAAUGUUACAUCUGCAUACGCACACUUCAAGAAUGAAUCAGCAGUAAUGUCAUACCACCGGGAAGCAUGUGCUAUAUUCUGGAAGAACUCUGCGUGUUUGUGUGUGUGUCUGUGGGGGGGGGUGGGGAGUCAUUCAUUAAACAGUGGAAUCCUCAGAGGUGUAGGCCUUCCUCUCUGUGUACUCGUUUUAUUUUUGGAAAAAUGGAAAGCUGUUCAUCCUUUUUGGGAGGAAAAAAGAUGUCAACAUUGCACCUUUCAGGUGUUACUGCUUUAUGUAAAACGUUCAUGGUGUUUGAAGGGAUGGGCACAGGACUUUCUGAGGAUUGACAUUUAUAAUUACCAAAGCCAAAGGCCAAAUAAACUCCAAUUAAAAACAAAGUAUAGGCAGUAUGUUGUGCUGUUGUCACAAUGGCUAAUUUGGUUUCCCGCUAUGGCAGCAGUAUCGACGCUUGCCCCUGGAGAGCCGCAGGGUGGAGAGUUUUUUUCCCCACUCUAAUUCAGCACUUAAUUGAUCAAUUAAAGCAGUCGAUUGCAGUUAACUUAUCUCACCUGGUUUUACGGGUCUGAACCGAUUGCUGAUUUUAAGGGGGAAAAUAAAGAUUAGCCACUCUGCAGCUCUCCAGGGACAGGAGCAAAAACCACCGAUCUGCAGUGGCUUAAGUUCUUCAAGCUUCAACUGAACGGGGCCGCAGACGUAAUGAAAAUUUAACGAGCUGUUUGUUUAAUUAAUUUUUAACUUCAGCUUGGAAGUGGUGCCAGAAACAGAACCCGGUUUAUCAGUGCUGGGGUUUGAGUUCAGAGGUCAAGCCUCAUGCGGUUCGGAUCGUACAGUAGGCCCCUAAGUGGUCAUGCCACCAUUUUGGGUCAUCUUCAGAAUCCUUCCUUUGUCAGCAUGAGCAUUUACAGUUUAGCCAUUUAGCGGAUGCUUGUAGCUAAAGCCACUUACAAAAGUGCAUUUCGCAUGGUAAGCCAAUAGCAUAAGAGCUACAGGUGGGUCCAGUCAUAUUCAUGUGCGUGUCACCGUCAAGGCACUUGGCUCAAGUCCUGAGUUUUUAUGCAUUUGUUUAUUUUUUGAUUGAAAUACAAUUGAACCUUUGACCCCUAAGUGGUGAACCAGCCAAUACCUGUCUUAUUAAACCUGAAAUAGGCUGUCUGUAAUCCACAUGAGUGAAAGGAAAAAUUCAAAGAGCUAGUUCUUUUUAAAGCAGAUUUAAAAUAGUAAUUUACCAUUUAUUUGCAUAGUAUACCAUUUAAUUUGCAUUGAGAAGGCCAAAAAGAAUUUGGACAUUGACCCCAGGAAAAGGGUGAAGCGCAGCCAACGUUUAGGAAGAAAUGUUGAGGUGCAUUUUGAGUUUAGGGACGUCUGCAGAAGACAGGCAGCGAGGCCUUCCAGACUGAUUGGGCGAGGCCGCUCCUCCGUCGGAUGGUGUGGCGGUUCGAUCAUUGCCUGAAGAUAGCAAGGGGCCGUUCCAUUCACAACUUGGUAUGCCAGUGUGAGAGAUUCCAGCUGAACACGCGCUGCCACCAGAAGCCAGCGAAGAGCGUGCGAAAGCGGCGUGACACGUGCAGGUUUUGGCAAGUUGAAGACCCGGGCUGGCAGCGGCAUUCCGGACCAGGUGCAGCGGCAUAGUGGCACAGGCUGGCAGGCUGGUAGGCCGGUUACAGUAGACAUUACAGCAGCCCACUCAAGGGCACAGCCUGAGACUGCCCAUCUCCCCAAGGGGUGAGAGAAGGAUCGGGGGUCCACACUGUUGAACGCGGCAGACAAGUGGAAGAGGAUGAGGACGGAGCCGGGUGACUGUGCUUUCGCUGAGUCAGGCUUGACUGUGGGGGGGAGCGGUUUCGGUACUUGAAACCCAGUUGGUUUGCCUUGAGGAAGUUAAUCUCUUUGGUGAUGGAGAGACAUGGAUACUUAGGACACGGACAGGCAAGGAGUCCGUAAACAGGGCAGCAACACGAUGACGCUUCUGUGUUGUGUAAUCGGCGCAUCCGUCCCUGGGGCAAAAGUGCUGAAACUUUUCCUCCUCGUAUUUAGGAGGGUUAUUCUCUCCUGGGGACUUGCGCUUCCUAAGUUUGGAGGAUGAGCGCACACCUUGGCUCGGGCAGCUGUGGUGCCGUGACACGGAGGCAGCAUGUGGCCUCCCCCCCCCAGUGGGGUGCAUGUGUGGCAUGCUUUCAAGUGGGUGGGGCCUGGGGGUCACGUGGUCUCCACACAGCCCUCUGUCUGAGCUCCCCUCCCAGUCUACACAUACCGAACCAGCCGGCCCUCCCGCUUCAUGCCAAGUUAUUAUUUUGUCUGCUAUUCUCGGUCCGGGGUGGUAAACAGAAGCCUCAUAAUCACCCCGGUUGCUUAAUACCCUCGCAGGUAUUUAGGGAGGGGAGUAGGGUUUCCUCACGCUCUGUGCUCUCUAAAACUGCAUCGGCUCAUUUAUGAUUUCUGCUGUCAGGUUUGACUUUGUGGCUGUUUGUGUUUCUCUUUUGCUUCUAAGAUUGGCUAUUUUGCACACAAAGUUCUUCAUUUACAAACACAAGCACACAGUACAAAUGCAUUCAAGUGUUAGCCUACAUCUCUGCAGUGAACAGGCAAAUUCGCAUAUUCAGCUUGGGUCUAGCUGAAUGUCAGGCCUGCUGCAUUGUAGGAAAUUUGUAAGCAGCUGCAGACAUUUUGUCCAUUCAUUCAAUCACCAAUACUUGAUAAAAAUCGACAUUUGAACCUCAUAGGUUGGAGAAUGAUGAUGAGGGAUGAGUCUUUGCACCAUUCCAGAAGGUUCUCUGUGGUACCCUUGAGCAAGGUGGAACAGAGUUCAUGCAGAGGUGGCACAAAGCGUGACAGGUUAUCACUAUUUUUGCUUUACGCGGAGCUUUGAGUCACAGGGACGUUCGCGUGAUUGUACAUCAGUGGAUAUCACUGGCAUUAGUCUAGUCGUCCUCUGCGAUGUGGAAUUCAGGGCAGAGGGACUGCGGGGGCUGUGCAGAUCUGUGGUAUGACCUGGCCGGAGAUCAGGCCCAUUAGCAUUUGAUGUGAGGUCACUUUCUCAAACCACUAGCACUCUGAUCCGGUUUAGCAAGUUACUGAUUUGCCCUCUACAUAAAAAGAUACCAAAAUCUGAUUAGAAGGAAUUUGUGAGAAUGCAAGUUAUUUUCCCUAAUACAGUGUUUAUAUUAUCCCGGAUAUGCAAGUUCCAAACAUACUUCGAAUAGCAUCCGUGAUUGGCAAAGCGGACUGUUAUUUGACAUUUUACUGGCUGUUUUUUCUCGACAGUCCCUGAGGAUUAGGGGUCAAGAUUUACCUCAUGUAAAACUAGACGUUUGGUUGCAUUAGGCCUAUAAAGCAGGCAGCCACCCUAGGCUACUGCUAGCCUUUUCCCAGCUCAGCUUGUAUCAGAAGCCUGAGAACAGGACGGGGAACUGCGAUUAUUGCCCUUAUCGUACCCUAUAACCUGAAGCCGUAAAGUGCAGUGUCCAGGGUGGUCCCCUUUCGAGUAGCCAGUAAUACUGGCUUCCACCUUAUAAAAGGGUCUUAACGAGCUUGCGUGUGCGGCCCGGGCUCCGUUUGAUCUCCGUAGGGCCGCUGAGCCUCGCCUCGUGAGAUCCCGGUGCGGAAUGCGCUCCAGGCCCCUCGCCGUCUCGCCGGUCUUCCCGUCCCUCGCAGCCGAGCGCUCCGGGCCUGUCCGUCCGUUACGAGAUCCUCGAUCCCCCUGAGAUUUCGAGCGAAGGGGUCGAGCUGCGCGCAGGCUAGCCUAAAACCACCUGGAAAUUUAGGAUAUUUUCAGCGGACCUGUUUUCGUCCCAGGCAAAGUUUGAAAAAGACCGGGCGAGUAAAACGAACGGUCGGGAAAAUUAGGCAGUGCGAGCUCGGCUGGUCUUCCUGUCUGAUCCAUAUGCACAAGAGCAGCCAAGCUUAGUGGUGAUCCCCUCCUCCUCCCGACACCUGCAAAACAGACACCGUUUUAACUGAAGCAAACGUAUCUGCACUGCUUCAACCUGAUAGUACUGCAUUAAGAGGACAUCCCUCUUGUAACACUCAGUGAUGCACACUUGUGGUCCCCCGUGGCCUGGAGAGUUGAGGUCGCCGUGAGUGCUGGACUGAUAGGUGAUGCUGGAAGAAGGUCAAAGGUCAGCAUUAAAUGGAGCUUCCUCUGAGGCCGUGUUUGAGGGGAGCCAUAUUUUUAGAAGAGGAAUGUGUCAAAGCUCUUUUGUUGAAGGCUACAGUCUGCAUUCAUAUACUGCCAAAAUAAACCCUAAAUAUUUGACUUGUUUUGGUCCCGACUUAAUGUUGUGGUUAUUGUUUUACGCUGACACUUCCUAAAAAUGUUGCAUUCUAGUUUCAGUCGCAACUUGCUUACUUUGUCCAUGACCUCUUUUUUUUAUUCUAGGAUUGUUUUUAUUCUAGUGGGCCAAAUUUUGAUGAAUAGGCUCGGUUGUUUGCUGGGAAAUCUGUGUUUAGUCCUUACCUCUAAUGACGAAAAGCAGUGCGUUGCACAUGCUGGAGAAGUCAUUUGGGAUGGCUUAUUCCUGUACGUGGGGGAGGGAGGAGGUGGUUGAUGUAAUCCUCACAGUGUGAGUUAGGAGGGCAUGAGGUGUACAGCCGCCCCCACCCCCGCUCUCUGAAAAUGGACACAGCCAGAGUAUUUAUAGCCUUGGAGCAGAGCACGGCUCACUUUCUUAAACACGUACCAGGAACUGCUCACAGUCACCACAGUUUGGCUCGCACCUUCUAGAACAUACCGACUUUCUUCCGUCGCACUCCGUCUUUCUUUCUUCAGUUCCCAAAAGGGCUUUUUGCAGAUGGUCACAGCCUUUUGAUUCCCGAGAGAGAGAGAGAGAGCAAGAGCGCCGCCCCGAUGGAGAAGCCCGCCAUACAGACGCAGCCCUCCACGCUGCCUUUCUUCGACACCUCCCACGCCUUCAACCUCCUUCGCGGGAUCCACGAGCUCCGCGCCGAGCGCAAGUUCUUCGACGUGACGCUCUGCGCCGAGGGCCGGGAGUUCCACUGCCACCGCACGGUCCUGGCGGCCGCCAGCACCUACUUCCGCGCCAUGUUCGCGGGCACCCUGCGCGAGAGCGCCAUGGACCGCGUGGUGCUCCACGAGGUGUCGGCCGAGCUGCUGGGCCUGCUGGUGGACUUCUGCUACACGGGCCGCGUGACCGUCACCCACGACAACGUGGACCUGCUGCUCAAGACGGCCGACCUCUUCCAGUUCCCCUCCGUCAAGGAGGCCUGCUGCGCCUUCCUGGAGCAGCGCCUGGACGUCUCCAACUGCCUGGAGAUCCAGGACUUCGCCGAGGCCUACGCCUGCCGGGACCUGGCGGCCAGCGCCCGCCGCUUCGUGCUAAAGAACAUCGUGGAGCUGGCCAAGGGCAAGGACUUUGAGCGGCUGCCCUGGAAGCGCCUGCUGGAGUUCGUGUCGGACGACGGGCUGGCGGUGGACAAGGAGGAGACGGCCUACCAGAUCGCCGCGCGCUGGGUGAAGGCGGACCCGCAGCGGCGGCUGCACUACUGGCCCGAGCUGCUGCAGCAGGUGCGCCUGCCGUUCGUGCGCCGCUUCUUCCUGCUGGCGCACGUGGAGAGCGACCCGCUGGUCUACCUGUCGCCGGCCUGCCUGCGGCUGGUCAGCGAGGCCCGCGCCUUCCAGUCCUGCGAGUACGACCGCCACGACCGGCCCUGCCAGCGCAUGAGGCCCCGCCCCUCCACCGGCCUGGCCGAGAUCCUGGUGGUGGUGGGCGGGUGCGACCAGGACUGCGACGAGCUGGUGACCGUGGACUGCUACAACCCCCAGACGGGACAGUGGCGCUACCUGGCCGAGUUCCCCGACCACCUGGGUGGCGGGUACAGCAUUGCCGCGCUAGGCAAUGACAUGUAUGUCACAGGCGGCUCGGACGGCUCGCGGCUCUACGACGGCGUGUGGCGCUACAACUCCAGCGUGAACGAGUGGACCGAGGUGUCGCCCAUGCUGAAGGCGCGGGAGUACCACAGCACCUGCGUGCUGAAGGGCCAGCUCUACGUGGUGGCCACGGAUAGCACCGAGCGCUACGACCACACCCUGGACUGCUGGGAGCCGCUGCCGCCCAUGCUCCACCCCAUGGACAACUGCUCCACCACCACCUGCCGGGGUUACCUGUACGCCAUCGGCUCCCUGACCGGCGAGGACACCAUGGUCAUCCAGAGCUACGACCCCGGGGCCGGCCGCUGGGCCCUGGUCAACUGCGGCCAGCUGCCCCCCUGGUCCUUCGCCCCCAAGACCGUCACCCUCAAUGGCCUCAUUUACUUUGUCAGGGACGACUCAGCGGAGGUGGACGUCUUCAACCCCCUUAAAAACGAGUGGGACAAGAUCAGCCCCAUGAACCAGGUGCACGUGGGCGGCAGCGUGGCCGCCCUGGGGGGCCGGCUCUUCGUGUCCGGCGGCUACGACAACACGUACGAGCUGUCGGACGUGGUGGAGGCGUACGACCCGGCCACGCGCCGCUGGACGCACGCCGGGCGCCUGCCCCAGCCCACCUUCUGGCACGGCAGCGUCAGCAUCUUCCGCCAGUUCAUGCCGCUGGUGCCCAGCGCCUUCGAGCCGGCCGACGCCCCCGAGACCAACGCCAUCCACCUGCACCGGCACCACCGCAACCUGGCCCUGCACAACCACAACCACAACCACAACCAGAACCACAACCGCGAGCUCAACCGCGACCUCGACCCCGCCCACUGAGCUCGGGCGCAGGCCGGUCGCCGCCGUCGCCGCCAGCGGUCGCGUUUGCCGUGACGACGCCGUGACGACGAGUACUCCGCACUUUACCAGUCAAAAACUCUAAAACAUCUAAACUCCAAACCGGACACCAAAUACAGCUAAAGCAGUUAGCUGAGCUUCACAUUUUGAUUCCUGCAUCGAUUGAGCGGGAAAGAGAGAUAGUCCCGUGGGGGCUGAGAGGACAUUUGGACGUUGAUCAGCACCCGGUGCUGUACUGAGACAGUAGCGGGUGGGGAAACUGAACACAAUGUUGUGCUGCUCGGGAUUUGUGCAAACUCAUUCGUUACCUGUAAGCUGAACUACGGUAUCCCUGUAGAUCAUAGUGACCUCUUGUAUAUCAUUGAGAUGUCUUGGAAAAGGGGCAGGAACAAAUACCUAAACACCAUAAGUUUAGGUAUUCAUUAGACUGUAUGGUAUUUAUUCAGUCUACUUCACAGUAGGUGUGUUUAGUCACUUGUUUCUGAAUAGCUGUAAGAAACAUGCAUUAAUCAGAAAACAAAUAUAAUAUUUGUAAGAAUACAUGUAUUUGUAAGAAUAUGUGUGUAAUCAAUAGUCAACCCUUUACAAUAGAGACAUUCCAAAGGCCAAAACACAUUGCCCCCAUGCUGAAAUCACAGAUUGGGACACCCAAAUGCGUCAUCCAAUCAAAUAGGGAUUUAUUGAGUCCUAGCGCUGCGCUAGCCAUCGAGCUAAAUUCACGUGCACGUUUCUGUGCAGUGCAGUCUGUGCGCGGUCUUUGAGUCGCGUCAUUUGCAGAGAUCCCCUAUGCUGUCGCCCAUAUGCGCCAGAUGGCGAGGCCGGUCACGUCCGGUCUCCCCAGCGCUCCAGCUCCUCGUUCUCCCCCGACACGUCGCGAGACCCCGCCUCUGGGUCUGGCUUUGCCACGCCCACAUCGUCAGCCUGCAUGCGAAAUCCGUCGCAUCCUCCCGAGUUCUGGUCACUGGACGGACGCGGUCGGUUAUUUUUAUAGUAAAUUAAAGAAGUUAUUUAUGUACAUGUAUUUAUCUGUGUCGUGUUAAAGUGAGGAUGAAGUUGACUGAAGGAUGUUGGGGGAGAUUGUUGUUUUUAGCCGCUGUUUUUUAAAGCAGUUAAAAACGGGACCCUUCCCUGAUAUUAACAUGAAGUAACGGUGAAACUGAGUCUCCCAUUGAGGAAGACACAAGGAUCACUGCAUGGAUAACUGGAAGCUGCGAUGUAUUCUCAGAUUUAAUUUUGUAUACGACGGUGUGUUUUGCAGGUAAUAUUAGUGAAAUGUACAGUAAGCUGUAGAGGUCUAACCUGCGUGAGACAUUAUCUUUGCAUUACUAGUGAUUUUCUUUUUUUGUUCUUGUUUUUUUUUUUUUUCAUAAAAAGUGUUUGUGAUGUGGCCAAAUCCAUUUUUUUGCCAUGCAAACCAUCUGUGUUUGGGGCAAAAAAAAAGUGAUGUUCUUUCAGUGCGAUCUCUGAAUAAAGCUGCGGGCAGACCUUUA